UGACGGUGUCUCUUCCAGUUCAGAUCAACAGAAAGAGUUGCAGUUAUACCACAACAUUAGGAUUCAGAAGUAGGGUUAUUGUCAAAGAACUCUGCAGAGGAAUUGUCAUCGAGCUCUACUUCUUCAAGACUGCUAACAGAGUUGUUGUUGAAGUACUUUAGAAGACUUGCAUCAUGGGUUAUCAUCAGAGUAGGACUCCUGCAGAUAAAGAAAUUGUAUUAGCAUUAAAACAGAAGUAAACGUGUAAUAGGAUUGCUGCUUUGUUUUUCAUUAGUAGUAAAUAUCUAGUAGGAGUUAUGUUUUGGUUUGGAAUUAUAGUUUGACGUAAACUUGUAUAACCUUUUCUCUAUAAAUUAAUGAUCAGAAUGAAUCAGAUGCAAUUAUUCCGCCAAUCUCUAUCUUAGAGUUAUUUCUUUGAGUACGACGGGUCCCUAGAAUUUUCCGGUGCUGAAACGAUGGGGGUGGAUGAUGGGUCGGUUCCAAUGGUGAAGAAGUUUUCGGAGCGUCGUUUUUUGAGGAGGGUGCUGGGCGACUAUGAUGGUGACCACAAGCUUUUGGUGAUCGCAGUUCACGCGGUUCUUUUGGAGUCCGGUUUCGUCGGAUUCGAUUCAGUCUCGGGCAUGCAGGUUGACCGGAUUCAUCUUGCGAAUGACGCUUUUACGGUGUCGCUCAGGUAUACUCUGCCUGAGCUUCUAGGAUAUGGGGGCUAUUGUAAUUUCUGUAAUGUGGUUGAAAGUGUUGUUUUGAAGUUUCAGAAUUUAGGGCACUUGGUCACUAUCUACGGGUGUUUGGCUAAGGGCGGGUCGGGGUUGUAUCGGGUGUGUUUGAAUGAGAAUCGGCUUGUGCCGGCAAUCGGUUUAGCUAAUAGGGACGAAGAAAAUGAAAGUGAGAUUUUUGAGUUUUGGAAGAUGGUGAAGGAUGGGCUCGUAUUGCCACUUUUGAUUGAUCUUUGUGAAAAGACUGGUCUCGGCCUUCCACCGUGCUUUAUGCGCCUCCCGGCAGAUCUUAAACUUAAGAUUUUGGAAUCUCUUCACGGUCCCGAUCUCGCAAAGGUGGGAUGCGUGUGCUCCGAAUUGAGGUAUUUGUCUUCACGUGAUGAGUUGUGGAAACAGAAAUUUGAUGAGGAGUUUGGACGAGCGGCGGGAGCGCAGGGAAUUGGUCAAUGGAAAGCUAGGUUUGCUUCGUUUUGGGAGAGCAGCAAGAAGAGGAAGACGGAAGCUGGCCGGUAUAGAGGCUUUCUUCGGAGGCAUUUUCUCAUCCAGGAGAAUCCAUUUGGCGCUCCUAUGGUGGGCGGAGAUCAUGACCGAAUGCCGGGUCUUGCCUUAGCUUCUCCUUUCGGAAGAUCCAGAGGGAUUCAGUGGCUUCGACUAGGAGGAUCCAAUGUCUAGUGGUCCGGUGCUGCAACUGAAUCCUGGGAUUUAACCAGAAGUCUUUUUUAUGUAUAUAAAUAAGUCUCACGUUCGACAUACCAAUAGAAUGAGGGGUCACAGGAGGACAGUUGAAUGCUUUGAAAGUUGCUGCUGGUUUUGACGUUUAUAGGGAGGAGCUCAGGUUUCGUUAUUGUGGGUAGUGUUUAUGACUUUACUUUUGGAAGAAUUGAAAGUUUUGUUUCUUAGUAGUGGUAUUUUUAAGUGCAGUUUUGUUCUUGUUUUACUGCUAUCAAAUUGAUUAUUGAGCUU